ACAAAAGCAAAGAAAAUGCUUUUUAUUAUAGAUUGGGCAAUUAAGCAGAAACUGCAGUUUUAGUAUGAAGAACAGAGGAGGAAGAACGAGCCGAAUCAGAAGACGAAAACUCUUUACAAGUUUUGAAUCGAGAGGAGUGAAUGAGAGCUACAAGCCUGAAUUUAUAGAGCUUAAGAAGUGGCUGAAAGAUAGGAAGUUUGAAGAUACAAACUUAAUACCCAUUCGUUUUCCAGGAAUGGGUACAGGAAGAGGGCUGGUGAGCAAAACAUCCCUACAGGAGGGACACAUGAUUAUCUCAUUGCCCGAGAGUUGCCUGCUCACCACGGACACAGUGAUUAGAAGCUACUUACGGCCGUACAUUGCUAAGUGGCAGCCUCUUCCAUCUCCUCUGCUGGCUCUGUGCACCUUUUUAGUUUCAGAAAAGCACGCUGGGGAUCGGUCUCCCUGGAAGCCUUACCUGGAGGUUUUGCCGAAGGCCUACACCUGCCCUGUCUGUUUGGAGCCAGAAGUGGUGAAUCUUCUUCCCGAACCUUUGAAAGCAAAGGCCAGAGAGCAGAGAACCCGCUUGUGGGAGUUCUUUUCUUCCUCCAGAGACUUUUUCUCUUCCUUGCAGCCUCUGUUUUCCGAGGCUGUUGAGAGCAUCUUUAGCUACAGUGCCCUCCUGUGGGCUUGGUGCACCGCCAACACCAGGGCUGUGUACUUGAAGCGCCCGUGGAGGCGGUGCUUUUCUGCAGAGCCAAACACCUGCGCGCUCGCCCCGUUCCUGGAUCUGCUCAACCACAGCCCUGAUGUCCAGGUAAAAGCAACAUUUAAUGAGGAAACUCGCUGUUAUGAAAUCAGAACGGUUACGAGCUGUGGAAAACACAAAGAGGUGUUCAUCUGCUACGGCCCUCAUGAUAACCACCGCCUGCUCCUGGAGUAUGGAUUUGUUGCCAUGCGUAACCCUCAUGCUUGUGUCUAUGUCUUAAAAGAUAAAUAUCUUCCAUCAGCAGAUAAACAGAUGAACAAAAAGAUUUCCAUUUUAGAGGAUCACAACUUUGUGGAAAAUUUCACGUUUGGAUGGGAUGGACCAUCUUGGCGGUUACUCACAGCUCUUAAGUUGUUAUGUCUGGAAGCUGAAGAAUUUACAUGCUGGAAGAAAGUACUUCUUGGGGAAAUAAUUUCAGAUACAAAUGAGAAGACAAGUUUGGACAUAGCCCAGAAAAUAUGCCACUAUUUCAUAGAGGAGACUAAUGCUGUGCUUCAGAAGGUUUCUCACAUGAAAGAUGAAGUGGCUUUGACAAACCAACUAACUUUGGUAGAAACACUGUGGACAGAAGAGCUGAAGAUUCUCCAGGCCUCUGCUGAGACCCUAAUCAGUUUGCAAAAAGCUUUUACAUAACUUCACCCAAGUGCAUGUGAUCACCUCCUAUGGUGGGUGUGACUUCUUAAAACAU